AUGUCUACCUCUAGAGAUGGCUAUCUCCUAUCCCGCAACUUCAACGCCUCAUCCAGGUUGACUGCCCAACACCUCCUCAUUUGUCGGAGGACGGCAUCCUUACUUGACUCUCGUAUUGCAAUUGGCGAGACAGGAGACCCGGGACGUCCGUUGGUAAUUGCGGACAUUGGAUGUGGAAACGGUAUAUGGACCAUCGAAUUGUCACAAUCCAGCAACUGUCAGGUUGUUGGGCUGGACAGCUCGUCAGAACUAUUUCCACCCGAUGACAUAUGGCCCCGCAACUGCACUUUCGACACCUUCAACGUCCUCGCUCCAGUGGAGAGAAAGUACAUUGGGGUAUUUGAUAUCAUCAACAUUCGAUUGUUAGCGGGUGGUCUAGGCCGUAGGGACUAUGAUCGAGUCCUCGCCAACUUGAAGCUCAUGCUACGCGAAGGUGGAUGGCUUCAGUGGCUUGACAUUGCGCCGCCCUACAUCCUCACCUAUGCAAGAGAGGCUAAUCAAACCUUACCUGUUUCGAUUGGCUGCGAAAUGCCACGAGUCGUCCAGUCAUUGGGAUGGCUAGGUCACUUACCGGACUUGCUGAAAGAGACGGGCUUUACACGGGUGGAAAGCAGCAGAACUCAACCACAGGGCGCCCUUCUCAAGCAUGAGACCAGCAAUGUUCUACUAGCAUUGUCAGAGAUACGCGAUCAUCUUCGUCACUGCCCCGAUCGCGUGGGCGGAUUUGAACGAGCUUUUGACGAGGUCUGCAACUUUGUCGUCGAAGGAGGAUUGGUGGCCGUAGCUCUCUGUACUACUAUUGCUCAGAAGCCUCGGGCGUGA